AUGAAGCGCUGGCAGAUUCGAGGCGAGGUGGAAGAUUCUGAAGACGGGGACGAGCUCAGCCUAGAAGUCGAGUGGCCUAGCCCGGAAAGACCGCGUAAACGAGCGAAAUAUGGUCCGGAUGGAGGCCUGUCGUCGCAGAUCCAGGCUCAGCAGCAUGUGCCAUCCGCCUCGCUCGAGCAGUUGGAUUCAGGAGGAGUUAGUGAGCACGAUGAGCCUUGGCUUCAGCCGCAAGUCCAGGUGGCGCGGAGCUAUGGAAGAAAGGCAAGACCAGCAAAGCAAAGCCCGUCGAAAGCGGCCAUGAAUCAGGUCUUCUCAGGAAGAGUUUACAAUGCAUUCUCCUCCAUCGCACCGUCAGUGGCUACCCGAGAGACUGGAGAUUCCCCGCCGAAACAAGAAACUGAGACUGGAUUGCUGCGCAUCACCGAUUUAUCAUAUUCCACGCCUCGUGAGAAGACGCCACAAAGCGACGCAAAUAGCUUCUCUUCUCUGCCCGGUCUUAAUACCCUUUUUGCCGCGCCUGAUCAGGCACAACUGCCGUUGCCUGGUUCCCUCUCUUCGCCUUUGAGUGAACGCGAUGUUUCGCCUCAAAGACCCUCCGUUGCUCCUCAAUCACCACAAGACGAUGCUGUCGAUAGACUGGGAGAUUUAAGUGGUAUGAUAGAUGCAGCCACCGACGAAGUUUCAACAUCUGCUGCGCUGGUGCGACGCAAUCUGCGUUCCCGAAAGCCAGAGCAGCUCAAGCCUUAUCAAUUGGAGAGGGCACGUUAUUUGCAACAAUGCCGCGCGAGGGGAGUGAAACCCGUCAGGCUCAUCGAACAAGACCAGACAAAUGAACACGUUCAGGCAGACCAAGAUUCGCAAAGCCAAGACAACUUCCAGUCGUCAAGCCCUAUACCCGAAGAAAGGAUCGUCAGACGAGAAGCCAAUCGCGAUCUUGAUUCACACUCCGUGGACAUACCCAAUAGCUCGUCCAGCGCGAGAGCUGCAUCUGGUCAUCACUUGCCGAAGCGACGAGAAACCAGAAAUGCAUCUUCCAAUAGGAGCGCUACAUCACGGCGUACUAUCGGAAGACAUACUGAUUUCCAGCAUAACGAGUUCGAUAUUCCCCCUUCACCUCCUUCGACAUCGAGUCGAGCUGGUACACUCGAUGUAGUGAGCCCCAUUGCUCCGCGAUUCAAGUUUCCGAUGGGCUUCACGCCGGCACCUCUACCAACACCACAAGUGUCUUCUGAAGCGAGGCACGAAGGAUUAGAGGUGGACUCCUCCAUGGACUCGCAGCCGAGGAUGUUGAGACGGCGAUUAAAGGCAUCAAGACAUCAACGCGAUCACUCAGUGAUCUCGCUCGCAUCUGGCUCAGACCAGCAAUCAGACCCUGAGGACGAGGGGCACGGUUUGCGGCGUGAACAGAAGCGGAUUCGAGGUGUUUUGCCUGCAUCAUGGCUCAAGAUAGAUUUCAAAGCGCAAAGGAGACGACAGUCAUCGACUGCGCCAAGGAUGCGACGGAGCAGCAGCUCUUCUCCGAGCAGACUCGAGCCUCAAAAGGGAGUCGCUCGUCGUGUGACUACCACAGGCCGUAGCAAUCACGACAUAGCGGUAGCGUCAACCUUGCCGGACGAUAGCGACGAUUCACAAGAAUCUGAGCAGCCGAGAAACCCGGUCUGGAAGCAACAGCGCCUUGACUUUCCCUCCGGACGACUCUUGCCAAUGGCACCAAGCGAGACCUUAGACGAAGAUUUGAUGGAGAACGACUUCGUUGACCCGAUGCUCGCGGGAUCUUCCCACUCAUAUCGGACGAAAAGGACAAGAGAGCGCUUUGGACAGGCUCGAAUCACUGAGUCGUACCAGAGGUCCUUUGGCAAGGAGCAACCAUUCUCUGGGGAGCGUAGAGGCUGGAAUGGGAAGCAAGGAAGAAGGCGUUCAAAUGCACCAGAACCAAAACGCUCUCGUCCCCGUCCCGUCAGCCUUAGCAUCGCGGACGCUCCAAGUCCCUCGCCCUCUGGCACUGGUGGACAAUUGCCUCAAUUCGUUCGACUUGCAUUGCGACGCACGCGGCAGGAUCGCGGCCGUGGGCGGCACUCACCGACCCACAAAAGGAUUCGGCUCGCUACUGCAGCAGACACUGAAGACGCCUGCUCGGUACUUCAUGCUUGGCGUGAUGGCUCUAUACGCUUGCAUGAUGUGCCCAACGCGGGCUCAGCAGUCACCAACGAUGAUGUACAAAUGCAGGACGAACUUGAUAUUACUGCUGAGCGCGCCCCCUUGGAGAUAUCGCGCAAUAAGCGCCAGCAGACGUUUCGAGAGCCGCUUAGAAAAGACCACGAGAACAGUGAGAUCACCGUACGGCGAGCUCAAACAGCAAGAGUCCGACAGACCAGACUCCAACCGAUCGUCUUUGCCAAGUCCAUUCCCACUGAUACCCGUCCGGUGCAAGGGACGAAUGGAGGCCAGCGUACACGGAACUCAUUCAAACAACCUCUUCGAGCUCAUAAGGUCCGUGAUGCCCAAGUCGAGACCCUUGAAACAACAUUCCAUGCAUGUCAUCGCACGUCUGCCUUCGAACAUCGGAUGCAGCGCCUGACUGAGAGUAUUGCUCGUUCUCACGGUCAGCAAAGCGCAACAGGCUAUCAGCUGGAAAGGUACUUGCGCACUGAACCUCCGACUGCAGAAGAGGUUUCCACUCCAGCCCGAGAACAUAGUUCGAAUGGUUUGGAACUCGGACCAAGCUUUCCACGGCAUGAUGCCGGGGAGCCUCAGUAUCGAUCACGCAAAGCGAGAGCGCGGAGAAUUGAUGUUGAAACAUACCAGUAUGAGCAACCUCCUGGGCCAUCGGUGGAAAGCCCAGUAGACGACCCGCAGCUCAACGCAGCUGACGAAAUCUCGGGACCCGUCCUUCAAGGAUUAGGAUCGUUUGGUAUUACUUACACUGUUGAUUUUGACGUUCGACCUUUAGACGAAGGAAUCGUUUUCGACCAAGACAGCUUCAUCGGAAGCGGAGAUUUCAGCGACGCCCUUGCUGUUGCCAAACGAGACCUUGACGUCGAGAACGGUCGGAUACAGGUCCAUCUCAAUGGAGAAGUACUGGAGUGGGCUUCUUGGAACGAAGAAGUGGCGUCGCAGAUUGCGAGUGUCCCUAGUGCCGUUCUGGAAGCACUGCAAACGCUGGAGGAGGCUGCCCCAGAAAUCGAUAUGGAAGAGCAACACCUGAAUGUGGAUCGCAAUAUCGCCUACUUGCUCCGCUCUCUGGUGCGGUAUAUCUCAAAAUGCUUACACUUCGUGGAUCGAAUAGACCGGCAGCCGUGUAUCGCAACGUUUGAGCGGCUGGUUGAGUCCCUCGUCGACAUUGUAAUCGAGGACUCAGAGUACACACGCCAAUUUAAGAUCCGCAUCCUGCAGUACGCUCUAGUCGUUGCAAAACAAGCUGCGCAUAUCAGCGAACACCCCUUGGUCGACGUUCAGCUGCGCGGACGAGUUCUGGAGAGGCUGUUCCGCACUGGCAAGAGCCUCUCCAAGUAUGCGUUAGCUGGCAGAACCCAAGAGCUGUUCUCAGUCUACGAGAACAGCCGCAGAAGCGUUCUACAAGCAGUGCGUGUCUCGGACAGAACAUACGCCUUGAGCAGUGUGGUGAUCUUGAACAACUUAUUCACUUCCUCUAGCUUCUGGGAUGUCCUGGGGUUGGGAUCUGAGCGUCAAAUCAGCAAUCUGCGCGCUGUCAAAGACUUCGACAGUCUAUGGCGCGAUAUCUUCUCCCUUCUGCCGGCCUUGGAGAUCCAGCCAGAUGGCAAGGUAGCCUUUGGAUCACGGUUCACAACGACGCAACAGGGCUGGGGCGUCGUGAAGUCGCUGCUAGAUCGACUCUUCGAGCUCUACGAUGCAUCCAGCAGGAUGCGUGGGUUCACAGUCAAUGACUACAUGCGCACUACCUUCUCCAGAUGCCACUUGCUGGUGAACAGUUGGGGUUGGUGGAAGUGCGAACCCAUUCUGAACACUAUGUUCGAUUUCUUCGCUCAUCGAAAUCUCGCACUGUUAAGGAACGAGCAGAGUCGAGGCUCACCAAAAUUUCUUGAGGAGCCAGGAGAUUCGUCCUACUUAGAAAUCCUCCCGGACGAUCGCUCCUUCCACAUAUUCCUCAAGCUAUUGGCGAGUGGUUUGCUCGGUAUGCGCAAGCAUUGUGUCUACAGUGAGAAGAAGAUUGGAGGGAUCGGGUAUCGACUAAUUCCGAAUCAUGGGCGCUCAUUUCGAAAAGAUGGCGUCGUCGAGAGGCAGGAUCUUGAGGCGCUGCGUAAUCACUUCGACAUCCUGUGUACUCUACACUGCACCCUCCCUCCAGCACAUCGAAUCAGGUUGGAGCUACUACCUAAUUUGAUUGAUCACUCGGUCUCCCACCGCGAGGCAUGUCGACUGAGCGUACGGGCGUGGACCAAGGUUACAAGCUUCCAAGUGUCCACCCAUGAGCCGAUUGCCACAUUGGACUCGUUCGUGGAAUGGUUCCACAACAUGUUGAAAGCGACCAUAGCACAAUUUCGACUCGCCAGAUCUGAAGCUGAGCGGGCGAGGAGGGAGGCCGAGCUUGAAGGUAUCCUUGUUCAGAAGACCGAGUUUGAGAGCGCGGUGUCUUCAAAUCAGCAACAGGUCGUCAAGACUCUUACAGAUUUGAUCGCUGGCCUCAAACGAGUCCUAAGCUCUUCCUGCAACUUGCUCUCGGCGAGAGCAUUGAUCGAAGGCAGCAAGUUCUGGCAUGUGUUCGAGCUUUUCGACCCGCUCAAUCAUGGCCUUCAGAGUACCAUUUCCGAAGCUCUAAAGGUCACGGAAACUGCGAUUGAGAUGGAGAACCGGAUGCGCCUAGCUCCAAACAGUCAACAAGAAGCGAGCGAGGAUAGCCAGGAGUUUGGCGACUAUGCUGCUCUUCAAGAAUACGCGGCGGACGAAGGGGCUCAUGAUUCUUCAAGUCCGACCCUUACCGAAGCCCUGUACUCACCUGUUGCCCAAUUCGUAUCGAACGUCUUUGGCGCGGACAGAGCUGCUGAAGAUGCAUUGCAGCAGCGUCUGAUUGAUGUUUGGAUCGAAUUGGCCAGUAUCUCUGUUGCAAAACACGAAAAGAGUUGGUCGAGCUACACAGACGAGUAUAGUACGACCAGCUGGUACCAAAUGAGGGAGACUGCCCAGAAACGCAAGUAUACGGCCUACUUCUUGGCUAGAAUCAUCAAGCACGCCAGUGCCGAUGAAGACGUCAGACCUCAAGUCCUGAAGGCGUGGAUCCUGUCCCUGGUCGAAAGAGAGGUCAAUUUGAAGUUCCAGCACCUGCUGACCUCCGCGCUGCUGAAUUGCUGUGCCCAGGAGCCUCUUCUUCACAACUUGCCCUUCGUGAGAGAUUCUCGGACCACAGUCUACCAGGUCUCACUGGAGGAAGUGCGCCACAGACGCCUGGCCCUCAUCUCAUCGAUACUCUGUAACAUGAGAGAACACGUCGAACAGGUCGCCGACGAACAGCCAGCCCGGCGAAAUGAAGUCAAAUGCACGUAUCGUGGAAUGCUGAGCCAACUUAUGCAAGCAAUGAAGGCCAAUUACCAAGAAUUGCAAUUGACGGCUGAGAGUGAGGUAGCUGAUGUCAACGCAAAGGGAGCGUACGUCGAGUUCGUCCAACAUGUCGUGUCGUUCUUGCAGCAGCAUACGCUCGAGAUUUGCCGCAUCGAUCAAUUUUUCACGGAAUCUACCGUUUUCCCGCUACCCGUGGGUGAUCCGACCUAUGUUGUAGGACGGCUCCGAAGCUACACGCCCAAGCUUCGUGAUGGAGGUACCCGGAAGAAACUUGUCGCCUUUGUGCAUUCAGUCAGCGAAAGAGCGGCUACGGAUGGCCAGCAAGAGUAUCUGGUUGACCAACUGUCAACUGCCGUGAAGGGCGUCAGAGAGCGAGGCAAUGAGAGCGCGCCCAGCCUGCGCCAUGUCCUGCUGGCAGCGAUCUUUCCAGCCUACAUAGACAGUGCCUUCUCAACUGCCUGCGGUUGGAUCAUGGCACUGCCUGUGCUUGCAUCGGCUAGCCAAGCCAUACUCGAACUCAUGUACACCGUAGAGCUGGAGAACAGGGACAGCACCCUUGCGGCAAUCGAGAGCGUGAGUACGAUUUUGGCGAGCAUCGAGAAACAAUAUUGGAUUGUUCAGGCAGACCCGGGGCUACUGAGUCUGGCACACGUUCAAAGAACGUUGGCAGCUAUGCUCCAGGUCGCAGAAUCUUCCUUGACAUUUGCGUCCUACGUCGAGCGAUGCACCGAGCACGGCAAAGGUCUAUCGAGCCACAUGCAAGCUCAAUUCGAAGUCGCCACGGCCCUCUCAGCUGGACUCUGUGAGUCCGACCAGCUUGAAUUCUUGGCCGCCGAGCCGGUCGACGAUGAUUUCGCAUGCCGAUGGCCAGACACAAAGGCUGCGGCGGAUAGGCAUGUCCGGGAAUCACUCGGCGCUAGCUGGUAUGGAUCGGAUGGCCGAUACUUCGUGCGCAGAGGCAACACCACCAAGGAGAUAGCGAUGAGUUUGGAAAGCGACGGUCGAGAAAGAGAGAGGCUGCUGCAAGCACUCAAAGGCUUCCAGGGAGCCUACUUGCGUGUGUUUGACGCGCGGAAUAGGAUGAGGAGGGAAGAUCUGGCUGGUGAUGGUAUCCUGGAGGAUGUGUUGGUAUGA